CGUUAAUAUGUUCAACAUGUUCAAGCGUGGCUUUGAUUUCAUGUCCGACACUGACUUUGGAAGAUGUGGAAGAAGUUCAGCUCAUUCCAGAUGUUAUACAAACCAGCGAUCUAUCUGGAAAAUUACAACGGCUCCUAACAGUACCAGAAGAUACUCAUGGGGUGUACUGUGUCAUACCUUCAUGCCACUCGAAUCCUUGUCUUCAUGGAGGGAAGUGUACGGAGGCUGGGACAGGAUUUAAGUGUACCUGCUUAGAUGGCUACCGUGGUGACAGGUGUGAGAAGGAUAUGUUCAUCCGCGCCAUUAAAUUUCAUGAGGGACGUUUCAGUGAAAGACUCCUCGCUUUUGCAACCAACUCAAAUCCCACAAAAUACAUGCGCAUUCACCAAGAACAUUGGACCAGCAGCUCAUCUCAUCUUGUGUGUCAAUAUCUCGGUUUUGGAGGUGUAUAUGCUACCGUCGGGGGAGAGGAAAACGGAACUGCUUUCCCCGAAGGCGUGACUGAAACUGCAUCAGUGGUGUGUCUUCCCGAUGCUACUGAUAUCACCGACUGCUGGCAAUCCGGAGAGCCAAAACAUGGCAGAGUGGAUGAAAGUGUGGCAGUUGUAUGCUGUCCCGUUUCCCGUUGCAACCCGCCUGGCCACCCUCUUGGACUGGAGAGUGGCGCAGUUCCCGACUCGGCAAUUACCGCAUCCGGUUGCUUGAGCCCCCGUGUCUGCAGCCAUGAAGCCCGUCUAAAUGGAGAAUCGGCCUGGCUUCCCUCCGGAAAUUACGACGUGAACCAAUGGCUUGAAAUUAAGUUUGAAUCGAUCUUCAUCAUCACCGCCAUCGUUACACAAGGAAAGCCAAAAAGUACAAGACAUGUGACGUCAUUCACUGUAGCAUCAAGUCGGGACAGCAUCCACUGGGACUAUUAUAUGAACAACGAUGAUAUUCAGGCGUUUGCUGGGAAUUACGAUUCGGACAGCCCCGUGACUCACGUAUUCGAGAUACCAUUAUUGGCGCGCUUGGUUCGCAUCCAACCCAGGACAGCAUCCGUUUAUUUAAUGUACAAGAUCAUGAUGGGAGGUCUCCGGGUAGAACUCCUAGGAUUUGGACCUCUUUCAAACACAACAGCAUCCAUGAAUAUCAAGGGUCAAGUUGGUUGCAGAACUCUCAGUGGAGAGGGCCUGGGUGUGGAAGAUGGCCGGGUCCCGGAUUCCAGUAUGACUGCCUCCUCUGUGGCCAAGCCAGGCACAGAAGCUCAUCAUGGAAGAUUAAAUCAUAUGGCAACAAACACUAGCUUAGGAGCAUGGUUGCCUGAUGAAACGAAGAUCGGGAAAGAAAAUGCAUGGAUUAAGGUUGAUCUUGGAGAAGUAAUGCUAGUGACUGGUGUUGUCACCCAGGGUCAGGCUGAACUGAAUCAUUUUGUCAUUUCUUAUGAUAUCUCCUACUCACUGGACAAUGUAGAUUGGUUUUACCCAUCGGAGGAAGAUUGUGACUGGUCUAAGCCCUAUAAUGGUAAUUAUGAUAACAUCACUCUGUCAACCACACUCUUUCAACGACCAUUCAAAGCUCGCUACGUAAGGUUUCAUCCAUUCCAAUAUCACACGGCCAUGGCGAUGAGGAUUGAGGUCCUGGGAAUGACGGAACACGGAAGCGAAUAAUUCAUACAUUUUAAGUGAUGGAAUGUAAUUGUAAACAAUCGCCAGGUGGCCGUUUCAUACAGCUGUUCAUAGUUAAGAGCGACAUUAAGAACGACUGGUGAUCCUUUCUUACACGCUAAAUCAUCGCCAAU